CGAGGGAAGACCUUCCUUUGCUGUUUAAAAACCGCAGUUAUUUCCCCUAGGAAUCUACAGCCCAAGUGAUAGGUGAUAGUGUAUCUGUCACCUGAGGUUUUAGUGCAGUUUCGGUCACCUCUGUCUGGAUGUAUACAAUGGCCAAUGAAAAUAUCUAUACUUAGCUAUACACAUAAUGUACAUCACACUUUCUUUGUUUGGGUCUCCACAAUGUUACGGUAAAUCUGCUGGUGAAUCUACUCUUGCUGAGAGUGGAGGACUGGAUUUCUAGGCCAUUUGAUAACCUUUGGAUGUGUCUUCUGCUCUUCUGAGAUCACAGGAAGAAUUGAGUUUAACAGACUAGUGAAUGACAGGAUUGAAGACAAAGACAAUGUACCGGUGGAAUCCCCUCUAACAACUGAACUGCCGGAAUUACUGCAAACAACGAAAAACCUAUCACAAGUUGGAUUAAUGAUUUGGAAUAUUAUUUUGUUGAAACGUGGUUCAAUGUGUGUUGUGUAAUUCCUGUGGAUGUUAUUCUGUUGGAAUUUUCUUCAUAAAACUGCACAUUCAUGAUCUACUUAAUAGACAAGAACCAUAUCAAGAUGGCUACCAAGAGAAAUGAUUAUACAGAUUCACUGCAUAUCUUGAACCCAUCUACCUAGCUACAGUAACUGUUUACCCCUGACCUCCAAAGGGGAGGGGGUGCUGACCCUCGGAAACCCUUCCCGGCAGCACUUAGCAUGUACGAGAUGAUAACGGAAACUGAAAAAAUGAACUCGGACUUGAACGGAACCAACGUGAAGUCAGAAAACAUGGACAUGAAGGAGGAGGUAAAGGAGGAGCCACAACCGCCGUCUAUAAACGAUAAUCACCCUAACAACCACUCGGGGCCCCCUAGCAACAAAUUAACCAAUGGUGAAACAGAUAACAAUAACCAGCUACAAGAUACCCACACGAAAAAGAACCCGGAUAUAUCAGUGGUGAAAGAGGAGACUAAUGGUGAAGCUGCUCCAAGUGACAGUCAUUCGAAGCCACUCCCACCCACCAAGGGCCAGCCUCAGCAGUCAGUCCCACCUGCAACCUCUCAACCCCCAACAAACCCCCAGAUGCCCCAGCAGCAUCCCCCAGCCUCUCAGCCUGUGAACUCCAAUGUGGCCCCAAUGCCCCCACAGUCCCAGCAUCCAGCCCAGCAGAUGGGGGCCAGUGGCGAAAACCCUUUCAUGCAGCACCAGAGCCAAAUCUUUGUGUUCUCCACACAACUAGCCAAUGAGGGGGCAGAACAUGUCAUGUCAGGACAAUUCAAGGACCUGCUGUCCUUCCAUAUGGACUACCCUGCCACCAAAAAGUUUUUACAGAAGCAUUCAUUGAAAAUAUCUCCCUUCUCCCGGUCUGGCAUGAUGCCACAGAUGGGUCCCCGACAUCGAGUUAUGGCUACCAUGAGGCCGUAUGGCGGCAUGAUGCGACCUGGCCAACCCCACCCGACCGGUAGUGUCCAGCAGUGGGUGGACCAACAGAAUGCCCACCUACAGGAACAAGGCUAUAACUUUGUCCCAGGAAUGAAUCCAAGGGCAGGCAACUUUCCUCCUUCUGGAAAUCCUGGAAUGAUGGGGCCAUGGCCACAGGGUGGUGGCCCUCCGCAGUCUUCAUCUCCAAUGAAUUAUACCAUGCCUGAUGGCAUGCCCUUUGACCCAGAAAUGAUGGCUAUGAUGGGAAAUCCUCACCUUCAUAAUCCUAAUCUGUUGCAGCAGAAGGUACCAAAUGAGAACUUAACUCCUGAACAAUUAAAACGGAGAGAGGAACAUUUAACAAGUUUAAGGAAAAUACAGAUGAUGUUAUUCCCAGAACAGCAAAGACAGCAACAGUUUGGGGGACCCAUGCCAAAUUCAGGUCCUGGAGGUGAAAUGAUGCCGGAAGAAAUGCAUCAACAAAUGAUGCAACAACAGCAGGGUAUGAUGUCCUCGCCCCAUGGUCCCAUGAUGACAUCUCAGGAACAAAUGAUGAUGGGACCACAGAACAAUGGUGGAAUGACCAGCUCACAACAACAGUUUAUGAUGUCCCAGGGAGGGCCAGGCCAGUUUGGGGGUCAGGGCCCUGGUCCAGGGUCUGGCCCUGGGGGACCAGGUCCAGGCUCAGGUCCUGGGGGGCCUGGACCUCAAGGGCAUCCUGGCUAUGGUCCACAUAACAUGCAGAACAUGACACCGGCUCAGCGUGAAUGGUUGAGACUGCAACAGGAGUAUUACAUGGAUAAACGACGGCAACAACAGCAACAAAUUGCUCAAAGAAUGGGAGGUCAGCCUCCCAACAUGGAGAUGCCAGGGGCCAGCCCAGGCGCACCACCCUCCUACUACAGCACUAUGGCUCAAAAGAGAGGAGGAAGUGGUGGAAUGUCUACCUCACCUAAUACAAACGGCCCUAUAGGAUCUCCACCCCUCAUGCCCCCUCAUGGUAUGGACAUGCCAGACCACAUGGGUCUGUUCCCACCAUCUGCUGCUCAACGAAGGUCAUCCCUCUCCUCAAUGGAACAACAAUCACAGAUGGGUAUGAUGAGCCCUAUAAUGAGCCCUAUAAUGAGCCCAGGCAUGCCCCCAGGGCCUGGUAUGAACUUUGAUAAGGCCAUGAUGCAGCAUGGGCCCGGUGGACCUGGGGGACCUGGGGGACCUGGGGGCCCUGGGGGGCUAGCAGGUGUGGAAGGGGGUGGUGGGCCACCACCUCACAUGCACCCAGGUCAGCCAGGAGGAGGACCAAUACAAAACAAGAAAAACAUGUCAGGUGUACCAAGGGCAGGCCAUCCUGAACAGUUCAUGCAACGUCCUGGAAACCCUGAACAUUUUGUGCAACGUGCUGGACAUCCAGAACAAUUCAUGCAACGUGCUGGAAACCCUGAACAAUUUGUGCAAAGGGCUGGCAACCCUGAACAGUUUCAUCCAGAAAUGGCGGCUCGUUCUCCUUCACGAACUUUAAGUGGCUCAAAUAAGCCACCCCCUAGCUAUGCACAGGCUCAGAAAAGGAAGCGUGACGACAUGGAGGAAUUGUAUAAAAAUCUUCAACCAACACCUUCUCCUCAGCAAAUUAAUUACCUCAAUCAGUUUGAAGGACAAGAAUUGACUAUAACCAAACAUCUCAAUGCAGCAUAUCGUGAACCUAAUAAUCCCUCAGACCAGUCCCAUCCUAAUGCCCCAUUUCCCUCAAAUCAGGUCGCUCAUUCACCCAUGCAUGGUCCAAGCUCCAACAAGGGGCCCAUGUCAAAUUCCAGCCAGAACUCCAGUGGGGGCCCAUUAUCCAGUCCGGGGCCUGUCAAUGGUCCUGGACCCAGCCCAGUAUCCGGUGCCAAUAUGAGACUUUCACAUUUUGAUCCACCAUCGAAUAACAACAGUGUGUCGAGUGCCCCAGCGACACCAACAUCCAAGGCAUCAUCCAUGUCCAACAUCACGUCUGCUAGUCUGGCCAAUCUGGCCAAAGGAGUAGAACAUUUGUCAAACCAAAUGCAGCAAAACAUGAUGCAAGGAGGACCAUUUCACAGUAUUCAGAUGCAGGGUCAGCAGGUGGGAUGUAGUGCAUCAUCACAGGCGACAGGUAAUCAGCCAUCUGUGUCCACCUCCACAGAGAUGAACUCCCAGACACAGACCACACCAAGUGUCAACAACACGUAUGUGAACGCCACAAUGUCCAUACAACAGUUAAACAUUCAGAGUGUGGGACCCCAUACUGGUGGCAACUACAACCCUAACAUGCAAGUGCAGCAAAUGAACAUGGAACAGCAACAACAAAUGCAGGGUAUGCCUGGUCCGCCCAACGGACCAGGCCCAAAUUCAACUGGUAUGCCUAAUAGUAUGCCAAGUGGAAACCCUGGUGGCAUGCCCAGUGGUAACCCUGGUGGCAUGCCAAGUGGUAAUCCUGUUGGUAUGCCCAGUGGAAACCCAGGUGGUAUGCCCAGUGGUAACCCUGGUGGCAUGCCCAGUGGUAAUCCCAUUGGUAUGCCAAGUGGAAACCCUGGUGGCAUGCCCAGUGGUAACCCUGGUGGUAUGCCAAGUGGUAAUCCCAUUGGUAUGCCCAGUGGAAACCCAGGUGGUAUGCCCAGUGGUAACCCUGGUGGUAUGCCAAGUGGUAAUCCAGGUGGCAUGCCCAGUGGUAAUCCUGGCAGUAUGCCUAGUGGUAGCAUGCCUGGAGGUCCACAAGGCCCUGGUAUGGCAUCGGCAGCUUCUAUAUCCAUGUCACAAACACAGUCAAUGAUGGCAGGGAACAGCUCUCACGCAGGCAUGGGCAAGGCACCACAGCCCUUCCCUGGGGGUCCACCCUCGUCUCAAAUGAGUGGUGGCCCAAGUAGUGGUCAUGUGGGACCCAUCAGUGGCCCAGGGGCCCCACUUCACGGAGGAUCCGGGGGUCGCCCACACAGAGCUGGGUCUGGGGGCCCCAAUGCAGGAGCUCCAAUGAUGCAGCAACAACAGCAAUCUCAGCAACAAUCGCAUCCUGGUGCAAGACCAACCUCGCCUAGCUUUACCAAUGCACCAUGUUCUAUGGGAAAUGCUAAUGUACAAAUACAAGCCAAAGCACCUAAUACCAUACAGUAUCUUCCUGCUCAUCCACCAUCUACACAGCAAAGUAUGCAAUCACAAAAACGACCAGAUCUGGAGUUCAUGCAGCGGUUCGCAGCUCCUAUGAGCAAUAUGGAUAGUAAAGUUCCCACAUCAAAAAUGCAAUACUUUCCACAACCCCCAGCAAUUUCUGGAGAAAGACAUUCACAUUCACCAUUUGGUAACCAUGGGGGACCCAUGGGGCCAGGAGGAAUGCCACAGGGUAUGAUGCCUAUGAGGGGAGGUAGCCGAGGGGAAUUCCCUCCUAACAUGAGUGGUGGACAAAUGGGACCUAUGAGUGGAAUGGGAAGUCCAGAUCCCAUGGGCGGCCCCAUGAACAAUUCUAUGGGACCCAUGGGAAAUAGUAAUGUGUUACCAGGGAAUAUGCCAUCAGAGGCACAAAUGAUGCCCGGUGGUAUGGGCAUGGGUGGUGAAGGUAUGAUGCCCAUGGAGGGAAUGCCUCAUUCUAUUGGAAUGCCACACCCUAAUUCUCCUCCAUUUAUGGACAGUCGUGAAUCAAUGAUGAGCAAUAGUAUGAUGCAAGGACCUUCACAUAUGUCCCAGCGGGGCCAUGGACCUAUGAUGGCCAUGGGGCCUGGCGCUGGGGACAUGAUGCCAGGAGGACCAGGAUCACGAAUGCCAGAAAUGGGCAAUUAUGGACCCGCUAUGUCGAGACAACCAAAUCCAGGUGGCAUGAGAAUGCCUGGUGGCCCAGGAAAUCCAAAUAUGCCCUCUCAUCACGGACUUGGCCCGGGCCCCGGGAUGAGUGGGGGCAUGGACCCCAGGGCAGGGCCAUGUAACCCUGCCUAUAGUGCACAAUAUCAACAGUUUCAGCAACAGUUAUAUUCUCAAGGUCGGUCACGCCAGAUGUCACCCAUGGGGGGGAUGAUGCCGGGCGGGCCGGGCCAGCAGUACAUGAACAUGUGAGGCGAGGCCUCCCUGUGCUGUAGGCCAAUCUGUUCAUCUGAAGCAUUGUGAUAACUCAUCGACAUAAAACUCAUUAGUGUUACAUUUUAUUUUAUUGCAUCGGAACAAAAUUUGUUUCAUAUGUGUGUGUAUUGGAAUGGAACGAUAGUGAAUUAAUUAUUUCAUUUUGUAAGAACUGCCCCUUCCCAAUAUACUUUCUCUCACAGAACAGCUACCUUAGUAGGAGUAGACAGGCUGCCGGGCGAGUAUAUACUGUUGGUACUAUGGGGUACUACAAACAUAUCACACAUGUUUGAUGAUGAAUUCUGAUUUUGCAAUAAGGACUAUGUCCAAAGACUUGUUGAAAUCGUUUUCAAUGUAUGAUUGAAUUGAAGGCAGUUACAUAAACAAUCAAAGGUUGAUUUUACUGAUGAAAAUUAUUGUGAAAGGCUGCAAGAGGUAUCCUUCAUUGAACUCAAUUGAUUAGUGGACUUAAUUAAUGUUUGGUUCUUUCUUCAAAAGAGAGCAAACCUUGACCAGUAAGAAUUAUUUGACAAGUAAAUUAAGGGCUUUCUUGGGUCAAAGAAAGACCUCUUUUUAAAAAGUCUGACUUUUUUUGUGAAUGAAUAUCCUCUUUAACUUACAUUUUAUCAUAAUUAAAUCUUUAAUACAAAGAAGUUGAUUAAAUCUUUAAUACAAAGAAUGGUUAUGAGAUAUUUUUUUACAUAAACCAAAGUUUUUCCUUUAUAUUAAAAGUGCAUAUGAUCCACACAUACGUAGCUAUUAUGUAUGUUCAAAUUAUUCAUGUGGUUUUUACAUUUUGUUCAUAGAGUUAGUGUGAAUCAUAUUAUGUUGUCAUUUUCUUUUUGAACAUGCCAUGUUUUUAAAGUUUUAUUCUUCUUGUAAAUUCAAAGGAUAUUUUAAUCCUUCUCUUCUCGAGAAAAUGUACAAAGCAUUUAUUUUGAAUUUCUUCUCAUAAAAAAAAUGAAACAAUUAAAAUUUGAAAAGUACUUUCCAUAUGUAAGAGUGCAAUAGAGUCUGACUUGAUCAAAUAUGUUUUAUUUUCCUUCUUUCCUUUUCUUAACCAUUUCAAAAUGUGCUUUCUGACAUGGAGUUUAAAUCAAAGUAAAAGCUUCCUGCUCAUUGAAUUAAGAAACAAUGGUUUAAUAAAUAAUUUAUUGAAACCAUGACAGAAAUGUUUUGUAGUCAAAGGGGAAUAACUCUUAACAUUUUGCUGGGCUUCAAAGUUAAAUGCUAUUACUCUUUUAAGAGUGCUCUUUUGAUUAUGUAGUUAGGAUCAAACAACAUUGAACCAAAUGAUGUUAAACAUUUGUGUUUCUUCAUACAAAAAAACCCAUUGAAAAUUAAAGAUAGGUUCCCAUGACUUUUCAACAAUGUUUCACUGUUUGAAAAAUCCCUAUGCUUAUUUUUUAGGAAGUUUUGAAUUCCAUAAAUACAGCUAUGAACCAAAAAGUCUACAGCUAGUACAAAAAUAGUAAUAAGAGAUGUAAAAAGAAUUAAAGGAGUUAGCCUUAGUAACUAGUCUCUGGUCUAGAGGUUGAUGUUAUAUUUUAACUUAACAUUGUAGAAUCUCUUCCAGCAUCUCCUCUAGGUAGGACCUAUACCAUAUUAACUAGUAAAACCUGUCACGUUCUUUAUUUGGCUUGUUUGAUACACAGACAGAUAAAGAAUAUGGCUGUGGAUAGAUUUAUUGACUUCACAUCAAGACAAGGUAAAGCCAGUGAAACUUUGAUUUGAAACUAAACAAUUUGACAUUGUGUGCUGCUGGUUAGCUUUCAGCCCAUCAGGAUGGGAUUUUGAAGCAUUUCAAAAUGCAAUAAAAGGGUUAAUAUUUUCCAUAUGUGAUAUACCUGUAGUAAUGCAUUACAUUAAGAAAAACAUGCGAGAAGUUAUAUAUUAAAAGUACAGAGAGUCAACAGGAAUCCAUCUUUUAAAAUGUCAUUAUUUGAUUUUGUGGUAGUGAACCAAGUACUGAAGCUAUGUUAGUUAAGGUUUGAACAUAAAAACAGUAAAUUACUGAAUUUAGUUACGGUAAACUAGUUUGAAAAAUAGACAUAAACCAUUAUAACAUGAUAUGGUUCAUUGUUAAUGUACACAGAUUUUUUUUUUGAUAACUUAUUACAUACAAAAAAACCCAGCAAUUUUGUGAAGUUGUUUGUCGUCAUGAUUUUGGAAGCCUUGUCUAACACAUAGUUGAAACGAAACUGGGUGUUAACGGAUUACUUUUAGUGAAGUUCUUUAUGUCAUGAGUUUGUGCAAUAUGGGGAUGUGUAUCAUAGGGUAAAAAAUUCAAAACAACUUUCACAUGGUAUAACUAAUGUACAUUUAUUGACUCCCUUGAACAAAACUUAUUUUACCACAGUAAUUUGGCAAGUAUCUUGUUAAAAUAUAACACAUGUAUUGUCUUCUGCAAUCCUAAUUUUUUGGAAAUUCGCACACAAUUUUUUUCCACAUUAAUUAAGUUGUAGAAUUAACUAGCAUAUUAAUUGACCUGUUAAUGAACAAAGUAGUAUUUGCCUGUAUAAAUAUCAUUAGAAACAUCCUUGAAAUUGAGGUGAUUUUUAUACAUAUCCCAGAAGGAGUGUAGAAAGGUUGUCAGACAUCAGUACCAUACAAAAUGUCUGUCUUGUCUGCUGAAUUCCUAUCCUUCCUUUAGUAUACAGAAACAAAGUGCUUCCAAACAAACACAAAAAUAGUUUUUCAUUCUACAAAUUGUGUAUUUCUCUCAUUGUCAGCGGAUGUUUAACAAAAUGUGUAUCUCUCUCAUUGUCAGCAGGUGUUUAACAAAAUGUGUAUCUCUCUCAUUGUCAGCAGGUGUUUAACAAAAUGUGUAUCUCUCUCAUUGUCAGCAGGUGUUUAACAAAAUGUGUAUCUCUCUCAUUGUCAGCAGGUGUUUAACAAAAUGUGUAUCUCUCUCAUUGUCAGCAGGUGUUUAACAAAAUGUGUAUCUCUCUCAUUGUCAGCAGGUGUAUAAGUCUGUUUAUAACACCAUUGUGAAGAUAGUUUUUACUUCGUAAAUUAAAAAUUCAUGUCCAAAGAGUUUAGUAAUAAAAGGUUGAACAGAUAUUUACCAAACUUACUUACGUAGUAACAGAUCUAUGUUGUUUUGUUUCUGUAAUGAGUUAUCCAAAGAUGUGUUGUAGUUUUUGGCCCAGUUCUGAAUCAAUCAAGUACAGGAAUGAUAUCUCUAUAUAUUCUAAACAAAUUGUAAAAAUUCUAUAAGGGAACAAAAAAGUUGUCUGGAACAGGAA